AGCAACAAGUUUGUAUACGUGACAUGUAAAAUAUUUUUCAAAAAGUAAUUACAGUUCCUCUGCAAUCCAUGUUUAAUAACCGUUUUCUUUGAUCUUAGAAGAAUCCGUUUAUUUUUUGUAACAAAGGUUUUACGCCAAAUAAGCAUGAAAAUGGGAGAAGACACUCCUGUUUCAGCACUUGUGCUGCCUAUACUUGUUGGUCCUAUCUUGGAUAAGCUCGAGAGAAAAGAUAUCGCAGCAGCACAAACUCUGAAGUCUGCAGUUAGCAAGGUUGAAAAUAACCAUCCUGGGUUUUUGUUCGACUUGGUUAUGGGAUUAGUAAAACAGGCAGAUUUAUCUGUGAAUAUGGCUGAAAGUCUCCUUAAGCUUCAAGGAUCUGUUCCUGAUUGUGAGGAAUAUAAAUCAACUCGACAUGAAGAUGCCUUUCAAGAGCUAAAUAAAAAGUCUUCAUCGCUGAAGCGAAUAUUAAGCCGCAUCCCAGAUGAAAUUAAUGAUAGAAAAACAUUUUUAGAAACAAUUAAAGAAAUAGCAAGUGCCAUAAAGAAGCUUUUAGAUGCUGUCAAUGAAGUUUCAGGAUAUAUUCCUUCACCUACUGCAAAGCAGGCAUUAGACCAGCGAAAAAGAGAGUUUGUCAAAUAUUCAAAACGUUUUAGCAACACUUUGAAAGACUUCUUCAGAGAAGGACAAUCCCAGGCUGUGUUCCUCAGUGCCAUCUGUCUAAUUCAUCAAACAAAUUUGAUAAUGAUUACUGUUAAACAUAAAUGUGACUGAUAUUCUGAGAUCUUUUCUAAAAUUAAUGCAUAACAUAUUUUAGAAUAAUGAAAGAAGCAUAUCCUCAUUCGUCAGAGCAUUUUGGGAUUCGUUUCUCAAUUAUAGGAUUUGUAAACUCUACUUAAUAUCAUGAUUUGAAUGUUGGUUUCAUAAAAAAAAGAGUAUUAUAUUUUAAAAUAGCCAAACCUUACGCAUAAAUUUAAAAUGAAAAGUUGUAAGCAUUACAUUUGAGCUUAGAAUUUUUUGUCAUGAAUUUUGAGAAUUUGGCUUAAAAUCAUUAUUAAUUCAUUCAGAUAGUUUGUAUUCCAUUGAAUUUAUGUGUAAUAUGUAUUGUACAAAUUUUCCUGAAAAAAAUUUAAUGCUGUUACUUUGAAAUACAACGGUGCUUGUUAUUUUCACUUUUCUCCGACUUAAGUUGUACUACAUUUAUCCAUCUAUUUGUUACUUUUAUGUUGUUAGUCUGAUAAGGAGCUCAUGUACUAUGUUAUUUUUUGAAAAUCACUUCCAACUAUUUUGAGGUGAAAAAAGAUUGUUUCAUGCAUAUUAUUUAGAAUUAGCAUUAGUUGACGUCAUAUUAAUUUUUGUAAAAAUAAUUAAAUCAGAACCUUUUUAUAUGUCAGUGUGCCAUUUGUAAAAUUUUGUUUUGAUCUAAAGUAAGUUAAAGUAGUAUUCAUAUAUUCGAUUGUAUUAUUUAAUACCUAUAAGUAAGAAUUAAAAAAUAUAUGAUUUUUUUUUUUUUUUGUAACAUAAGUUUUUUAGUUGGACAAUUUAAUGCAUGAAACUUUGCUUUUAUGAUUUUUAAAGUUUUUGAUUCCUGUGAUUAUGAGCCUGAAAGUGCAUGUCAAUCAAAUGCAAUUUUCAUGGGCAUCAUUGUUAAUCAUGUUUUUUUUUAGCAAAUAUAAAAAUGCAUGGAAGGGGAUUUAGUUUUUUAACUGUUUACUAUUUCUUGAAGAUACUGUGUAUAUAUAAUUUUUAUUUCCAACUGUCCUCCACUGCAUUCUGUUAAAAUACGAAGGAGUAAUCAAUCUGCA